AUUAAUUCACACGUUUUGCAUUCGAAAUAGGUACUCUUGGUAUAGUCGAGAAAUGUCGAUAUAUUGGAUAAUUUUCCUCGUAGUGGUUUUUAUCUUGGUAAGCAAUGAUAAGGCACCUAUGGACCUCAUUGAAGAAGAAAUUCAAAAGAUCAAGAUAAUGCAAGUGAGAGUAAACCACAGGCUCAAGAAAGGUGUAUCCUCCGAGAAACAGGAUUACCGACUAUCUCUACUAGAGGUUUUAUCGAAGAUCGCAAAAGUACGCUUAUCUAAUAAUGAAUAUGUUUCUGCAGUGUUAGACAAUCGCCUUGCUGUUCUAAGAAAAUCCUUAGAUCAAGAAAAUAAUGCUUCUAUAGAGCUUGCUGAAAGAAUUUCAUUGUAUGAUAAACUAAAGUUUUUGGCAUUACCUCACAAUGAUUAUCAAAAUAUUUUUGGAAAUGUAUCAAACAACGAAUUUAAGCGAGAACAAUUUCACUGCCAAGCAAUUUUAGCCGUUUAUGUGCCAGAUAUAAAACAGAAACUUCCUUCGUACGAGUGCGAAUCUCGAGGCAAAACGUUUGUUCUCGUGAGUAAGAUAUUUUCUGAGGAUCGUAGAAAUAGCUUUUAUGUAAACGUCGAUUGCAACACGCUUCGUAAAUUAUAUAAUCCUACAAGAUCAAUUAAAAAUCGAGUCAAAAUUGUAUCACCUAAUUUAACUUUAAAAUACAGGCAGGAGAGUUAUGAUCUGUAUAAUUCAUGAAACGUUCUUUUAUACAAACUGAUAGUAAAAUUUGAUCAUAUAUAAUAAUUAAACUUGACAAUCAGUUAAUGCAAUAUUGGAAAAUGUAAAAUAAAAUAGACAUUCUUUACACAUCCUUACAAGCAAGCUGUAAAAUUCUAACAAUAUUGGCAAAUAAAUUUUGUAUCGCAAAAACAAAA